AUGGGGAGGUAUAAGAGCAACUCCAACGAGAAGCUCAAGCCCGAGGUUGGGGGGAGGCCAAGCAAAAAAUCCAAUUCCAGUGGGCCACUUUUGCCUGGGCUAGAUGCGAGACCCACGAAGACGGGUUGGAUCGAAGGCAGGUCUUGCCCAACUUGCAACCCGACGGGGGAGGAUGACGUCAGCGCGUGGUUCAAAUUUUUUUACCUUUGA